AUGCCGGCAGAAGCUGAAGGUGGCGCCGUCCCUGCUCAGAGCAAAGGAUCAUGGUCGUCAUUUCUAAAGUCGAUUGCUUCCUUCAAUGGUGACCUGGCCUCAUUGACCGCCCCUGCGUUCAUAUUAUCGACACAAUCCUUGGUCGAAUUCUCUGCUUACUGGACAGAAAAUACAUCCUUAUGGAUCGCAAUCACUCAAGAGAAGGAUCCCGCCAAACGUGCUCUCCUCGUCCUCAAGUGGCUUCUCAACACUUUGAAACAGCAGUAUUGUUCUCGCUCUGAGAAACUGGGUUCCGAAAAGAAGCCUCUCAAUCCCUUCUUGGGAGAGCUAUUCAUUGGUUCGUGGGAUGAUGAGUUUGGACAGACUACUCUUGUCUCAGAGCAAGUCAGCCAUCAUCCUCCUGUCACUGCUUAUUGCAUCACGAAUCAGAAACAUCGAAUUCAACUUCAGGGCUAUAAUGGCCAGAAAGCGAGUUUCAGUCGCACUAUCCACAUCAAGCAGAUUGGUCACUCGCUCUUGACCUUAUAUCCUCCUGGUAGUGAUACACCCGAGUCAUAUUUGAUCUGCCUACCUACACUGCACAUAGAGAGUCUGAUAUACGGUGCGCCUUUUGUUGAGCUGGGCAAGUUCAUUCAUAUUGUCUCCAGCUCAGGCUACAUUUCCAAGAUUGACUUCACCGGCAAGGGAUGGGUGUCGGGUAAAAAGAAUAGCUUUACCGCUACUCUGUGGAAAGAUGGAGAGGGAUCUGAGAAAAAUCCUCUCUAUUCUGCCGAUGGACAGUGGUCUGAUGCUUUCACGUUGAAAGAGGGCGAGGGCAAGCGUGCCAAGGAGAUACAGACAUUCAAACCGUCAGAUAUCAAAUUGUCCAGACUCAGUGUCGCUUCUCUUGAAGAACAAGACGUUCUUGAAAGCAGGAAAGCAUGGGCAAAUGUUGCUCGAAGUAUCGAAAAAGGUGACAUGGAUGCCACGUCACACUUCAAAUCACGGAUUGAAAACGCUCAGCGUGCUCUCCGCAAGCAGGAGCAAGAUGAGAAACGUGAAUGGCAAAGAGUUUUCUUCUCACAAGCCGAUCCUAAGAGCCCUGCUGAGCAAGCAUUCCAAGCCUUGGUGCAAAAGAUCAGUGGAUUUGGCCCGAAUAGUUGGGAAGGUGUUGCUCCAGACAAGACAGGCGGGAUAUGGAGAUAUGACGAGAAGAAGGCGGCAGCUGCAAAGAAACCCUAUCACAAGGAUGGACUAUUGGCAUUGGGAGAGAACGCUGAUGGUACAAGUGCACCCAUUAGCAGAGUAACGACAAAUCAGAGUGGUGUCCCCACCUGA